AUGCAAGCGGACAAGAUUCUUCUUAGCUAUGUCGGUGCAAACUUUCUCUUUAUGGCCGGUGGUAUCAUGCUGCUGGUAGGAUCAUUAUUGUUCACCCAGAAUAUGAAUUCUACCCCAACCUUGGACAGCGCGCCUACUAUUCUGCUACUUAAGCUGGUGCCCGAGAAAGUGGCCCUGGUUAAUGCUAUCAUCGUCUUUGCUACAUGCUCCCUCGCCCUUCCUAGCUUGAUCGUGCGUGAUAGUCGGCUAUGGCUUCAACUUCAGGGAUGGCUGGUUAUUGUCUCAGGCGUAUUCACACUCGUUAUUGGAUUGAUCAUCUGGAUUGAGACUCUAAGGACUCGCGCUUCAUUGAACACGUCAUGGGGCCAACAGACAUCGGCUGUCCAGAGUUUAUUACAACAAAGAUUCGACUGCUGCGGUUACUUCAAUAGCACCUCUCCGCCAUUCGUUACAGACGCAACGUGCAGCACCCCUCUGAUUGCAGCAGAGAAGCAGGGAUGCGUCGGUCCUUUCUCUGGCUUCGUGAAUAGCACGCUUGAUGCUAUCUUCACUGGUAUAUUCGGUAUUGUCGCACUUGAUAUGAUCCUCCUGAUUUGCGUGGCAGUUCUAUCAAAGAAUCGCAAGGAAAAAGAACGAUACCGCUUGAUUGACGCCAAGGUCGGACUGCAGGCUAUUUGA